AUGGGAAAUAUCCGCCGUAGCAUCCAGACAGACUCAGAUGCCAAGUUUGACAUGGUGAAGCUGUACAAUCUGACGACAUUUGACAUCAUGGCGGAGCUGGCAUUUGGAGAAUCGCUUGGCCUUCUCGCCAACUCGGAGUACUCUGAAUGGGUCGCCAACAUCUUCGACAAUCUCAAGAACAACGCCAUCGCCCAAGUUGGUCGCGAGUGGUCUUGGCUGGGCAACAUCGUCCAGCUAGUUACACCACCAAAGCUCAAGAAGGCCGCCGACAUGCACUUCAGGCACGCCAUUGAACGAGUCGACCGCAGGCUUGAAAGGGACACCGACCAAGCCGAUAUCUGGAAACUCGUCCUCAGUCAGCCCGAGGGCAAACAGAUUGAUAAGUUCGACAUGUACAACAACGCUUCUGUCUUCAUGGUCGCUGGAUCCGAGACCACGGCAACAAUUCUCAGUGGCGUCACAUACUUGCUCCUCCGGAACCCCGACAAACUGGCUCGUCUUGUCAGCGAGAUCCGCGAGGUAAAUUCUGAAGACGAGUUGGAUAUUCAGAGACUUUCUGCGUUGCCGUACCUGACGGCCGUUCUCAACGAGGCAUUGCGAUGGUAUCCUCCGGUCCCUGUAGGAGUCUGGAGGGAAGUUCCCAAGGGCGGCAGCGCUGUUGCAGGACACUGGAUCCCAGAGAAGACUCGCGUAUCAGUCCCGCAGUUCCCUGCAAACCAUUCGCCGCGCAACUUCAAAGACCCCGAAGCAUUCAUUCCCGAGCGCUGGAUUCCAGGGCCAGAGUAUGAGCCAAACACGAAGGAAGUCGUGCAGCCCUUCUCUCUCGGCCCUCGUAACUGCAUUGGCAUCAAUCUCGCUUGGCACGAAAUGAGACUGAUUCUGGCCAAAACGCUCUGGAACUUUGACCUCAGCCUUUGUCAAGAGAGUGAGAAUUGGUCGGACCAGAAGGCCUACAUUCUCUGGGAGAAACACCCACUGAUGGUAACCAUCAAGUCCGUGCGAUGA